AUGGCGUUCAUGCUGUUCCGGCUUCGCCCAUCCCCCCCGAGGCCCAUCCCCCCCCGGCCCAACCCCCAAGGCCCAUCCCCCCCAGGCCCAUCAUCCCCCAGGCCCAUCCCCCCAGGCCCAUCCCCCCAAGGCCCAUCCCCCCCAGGCCCAUCCCCUCAGGCCCAUCUCCCCCAGGCCUAUCUCCCCCUGGCCCAUCCCCUCAGGCCCAUAUCCCCCAGGCCCAUCUCCCCAGGCCCAUCCCCCCCAGGCCCAUCGCCCCCCAGGCCCAUCCCCCCAGGCCCAUCCCCCCAAGGCCCAUCCCCCCCAGACCCAUCCCCCCAGGCCAUCCCCCCCAGGCCCAUCUCCCCCAGGCCCAUCUCCCCCCAGCCCCAUCCGCCCCAGGCUCAUCUCCCCAGGCCCAUCCCCCCCAGGCCCAUCUCCCCCAGGCCCGUCUCCCCUGGCCAUCCCUCCCAGGCCCAACUCCCCCAGGGCCCAUCCCCUCAGGCCCAUCUCCCCCAGGCCCGUCUCCAAAGGCCCAUCCCCCCAGGCUCAUCUCCCCAGGCCCAUCCCCAGGCCCAUCCCCAGUCAUCCCCCCGGCCCAUCCCCCAGGCCACCCCCCCCAGGCCAUCCCCAGGCCAUCUCCCCAGGCCCAUCUCCCCAGCCUCCCAAGGCCAUCCCCCCAGGCCCAUCCCCCCAGGCCCACCCCCCCAGGAUCCCCCAGGCCCAUCCCCCGGCCCAUCCCCCAGCUAUCUCCCCGGCCAAUCCCCCAGGCCAUCUCCCCCGCCCAUCCCCCCAGGCCAUCCCCCCCAGCCCAUCCCCCCAGGCCCAUCCCCAGGCCCAUCCCCAGGCCAUCCCCCGGCCAUUCCCCAGGCCUAUCUCCCCUGCCCAUCCCCUCAGGCCAUCUCCCCAGCCCAUCCCCCCAGGCCCUCGCCCCAGGCCAUCCCCCAGGCCAUCCCCCCAAGGCCCAUCCCCCCCAGGCCCAUCCCCUCAGGCCCUCCCCCAGGCCUAUCUCCCCCUGGCCCAUCCCCCAGGCCCAUCUCCCAGGCCCAUCCCCCAGGCCAGCCCCCCCAGGCCCAUCCCCCCAGCCAUCCCCAAGGCCCAUCCCCCCAGCCCAUCCCCCAGGCCCAUUCCCAGGCCUCCCCCGGCCACCCCAGGCCCAUCUCCCCGGCCCAUCCCCCAGGCCACUCCCAGGCCAUCCCCAGGCCCAUCCCCCAGGCCCACCCCCAGGCCAUCCCCCAGUCCUCCCCAGCCCACCCCCAGGCCAUCUCCCCUAGGCCCAUCCCCUCAGGCCCAUCUCCCCCAGGCCCAUCCCCCCAGACCCAGCCUCCCCCCCAGAGCCCACCCCCAGGCCCAUCCCCCCCAGGCCCAUCAUCCCCAGGCUCAUCCCACCCUCCCAGGCCCUCCCCCCAGGCCCAUCCCCUAGGCCCAUCCCCCCAUGCCCCAUCCCCAGGCCCAUCCCCUCAGGCCCAUCUCCCCCAGGCCCAUCCCCCCCAGGCCCAUCGCCCCCCAGGCCCCCCAGGCUCAUCUCCCCCAGCCCCAUCAUCCCCAGGCUCAUCUCCCCCAGGCCCAUCCCCCCCAGGCCCAACUCCCCCAGGCCCAUCCCCUCAGGCCCAUCUCCCCCAGGCCCGUCUCCAAAAGCCCAUCCCCCCCAGGCUCAUCUCCCCCAGGCCCAUCUCCCUAGGCCCAUCCCAAGGCUCAUCUCCCCCAGCCCCAUCGCCCCCAGGUUCAUCUCCCCCAGGCCCAUCCCCCCCAGGCCCAUCACCCUAG